AUGUCCAAACGGACUUCUCCAGAACUCCCAAUCAUCUGGCGUAGCAGUGCUCCGGAAGCCGAGUACGAAGCUGCGCGUUGCCGUGUCUUCAAUGCAAUACACCCCGACCGAUAUCCAGACGCAAUUGUCAAACCAACAACUGUUGAACACAUUCAAGAAGCCGUGAAGCUGGCAAAGAAACUGGGUCGUCGUGUAGCGAUCAGAUCUGGCGGGCACAGCUGGGCGUGCUGGAGCAUCCGAAACGACUCGAUUCUCAUUGAUCUUAUCGACUUCAGAUUCCUGGCUUAUGAUGAGAACACCAAAGCCGUUCAGGCAUCUCCAAGCACAACGGGAUGGAUGCUAACAGAAUUCCUGACUCCAAAGGGCCGAUUCUUCCCUGGUGGACAUUGUGGAGAUGUGGCUUUGGGCGGAUUUCUUCUCCAGGGCGGCAUGGGCCUCAAUUCAAGAAGCUAUGGAUGGGCGUGCGAAUACAUCACCGCUAUUGAUGUUAUAACUGCAGAUGGGGAACUGAAGCACUGCGAUAGGUUUGAGAAUGCAGAUCUGUACUGGGCUGCUCGCGGGGCAGGUCCAGGCUUCCCGGCAAUUGUGACAAAGUUCUACAUGGAGACACGUCCGUUUCUUGGAGUGAUGAAAAAAAGCACCUACACUUAUCCCAUGGACCAGUAUGACGCGGUCAUGGCGUGGCUUCUGAAGAUUAUUCCCGUACUCAGUGAGGAUGUGGAGCCAAUUUUGGUCUCCAGCUAUCAUCCUGUCCUGCAAACACCCACCUUAAUGGUCCAAUCAACCGUCCAAGCAACCUCGGAUGCAGACGCUCUUGCCAAGUUGAAGCCUCUGAUUGAUAGCCGUCCACCUGCAGCUCUGAGCGCUGUUGACUGCGAGGAUUCCUCUUUCGCCAAAGAGUACUCUUUGCAGGACAACUUCUUCCGCCGCGGCUGCCGAGUCCUCGCAGAUGACGUGUAUCUCGACCAGAAUGCAGACAUGAUCAGUGUCUGCAGAAGAGCCUUCACGCAGCUGACAAGCAAAUGGUCCAGCGCCUAUUGGGAGCCCAUGAAUCCGGUGAGCAGACGUCCACUGCCGGAUAUGGCAUUGAGUCUCCACACCGACCAUUACAUUGCUGUCUAUGCCGUCUACGAGGAUGCUUCCGAAGACUCGUUCCAUCGCGCAUGGGUGGAUGAUUACAUUCAGGAGCUUGAGAAACACUCUUUCUGGUCUGAUGAGGCGGGGAAGAGGUUGAUGAAUAUUCGGAAAAAGUGGGAUCCCACCGGGAGGAUCUGCGGUUAUCUCACAAAGAACGACAAAUCGGGCGUUGAUGGGUUGCCAAAUGUGCUAAACAACGGAAGUGUUACAUCUGUAGGGCGGCUAAAGAUUUAG